AUGGCUGGGGGCAAAGGAACUGUCCUUGUCACCGGUGGUACCGGGUACAUUGGCUCUUUCACCACCCUCGUUCUCCUUGAAGAUGGCUACGAUGUUAUUGUCGUCGAUAAUCUCGCCAAUUCAUCGGUGGUCGCCAUCGAUCGCAUUGAGCGUAUCUGCAAGAAGCGCCCCCUCUUCUACGAAGUCGAUAUUACCGACGAGCAGGCCCUCGACGAGGUGUUCGCGAAGCAUCCUGAGAUCAACAGCGUCAUUCACUUCGCCGCCCUGAAGGCUGUCGGCGAGUCAGGCGAGAUCCCCCUCGAGUACUACCGCGUCAAUGUUGGCGGCAGCAUCUCGCUGCUGCGCUGCAUGGAGCGCCACAAUGUGACCAAUGUCGUCUUCUCCUCGUCGGCCACUGUCUACGGCGACGCGACCCGCUUCCCCAAUAUGAUCCCUAUUCCCGAGCACUGCCCUCUCGGUCCCACCAACACAUACGGCCAGACCAAGCGCAUGAUUGAGCAGGUCAUCACCGACCAGAUCGAGGCCCAGAGGCGUAAGCUGAAGGCGGCUGGCAAGCCGUAUGAGCAAUGGAACGCGGCGCUGUUGCGGUACUUUAAUCCUUGUGGCGCUCACCCUAGCGGCAUCAUGGGCGAAGACCCUCAGGGCGUGCCCUACAACCUUCUUCCUCUGCUCGGAAAGGUGGCUACUGGCGAGCGUGAAAAGCUUCAAGUUUACGGUGAUGACUACCCCUCUCGCGACGGCACUGCGAUUCGUGAUUACAUCCACGUCCUCGACCUUGCCGACGGCCACUUGGCCGCUCUCAACUACCUGCGAGAGCACAAGCCUGGUGUCCGCGCCUGGAACCUGGGUUCCGGCCGCGGCAGCACUGUCUUCGAAAUGAUCAAGGCCUUCAGCAAGGUUGUCGGCCGCGAUCUCCCCUAUGAAGUUGUCGGCCGGAGGCACGGCGACGUCCUGGACUUGACCGCCAAUCCCGCCCUGGCCAAUGAGGAGCUGCAAUGGAAGACGCGACGCACGCUCGAGGAUGCUUGCGCGGAUCUGUGGCGCUGGGUCAAGAACAACCCUAAGGGCUACCGGCAGGAACCGCCGGCCGAGCUGCUGGCUGCGCUCGACGCGCAGAACGGAAACUGA